UUAACUGAAAUGUGGGGGAAAGUUUAAACGGUGGCGACAGUGUGCGGGGAUGAUGCUCUGUGUGCGUGCACCGUAAACAAUGUAACUACAUUUGGCUGCUAGCUGACGUUAGCCCGUGAACAAAAGAGAGAGCACGCCUCCGUCUGUAACGAACCAGUCUGACUCAGUUACCGACAGGCGUUACCUCAACCGGCGUCGGACUGUAUUCACCCAGAGAGCUCAUCGGAACCGAUGGACACAUGGAUGUAACCCAGCUGGUUUGCGGUAUCUGCUGCAUGGCUCUGGGCUAGUCCACCGCUGAUCGACCCGAUGGAGUCAAACAACCAUUUCAACUAUGGAACCCACUCCUCAGCAAACUCAGGACUGAAACUCUCCUCAGGGGAUUCUCUUUAUGCUAACGGGUCGUCAGCAAGCUUUCCUCAGCAGGGAAAAAAUAUAAACGGCGAGAUUAAUGUGAAUGGCACAACUACUGUACUUGGAUCGGGUGUGCCUAGCUCCCUCCCACCCACAGCUCCUUACCCGCGCAUGAGCAGCCACCAACAGAGUAGCAGGGGUUAUGAAUACCUGUGGGGAGGGCAUCCUCAGUAUGGUCCAUCCAUGGGCACAUCUGCAGGGCAUGGACUGCACCAGAAGCAGCCGGCGGCUGGGAUGGCACAGCCUCAGUCACAACACCACUUCCAGGGUCAUGGACAGUACCAACUGAAUGGGAGUGUGGAAGGCUCCCACCAGCCCCCGCCGGCAGGGCCACCAAACGUGCCCCUUCCUGGCAGUCAGUUCUGGAACAGGAGUAACCCAGUCCCUCAGCAGGUCGGCUACAGUAUUUAUGGAACUUACCAGAGCCAGACACAGCAUGGGAUUACACCACCGCAUCACCAGCAGUCCUCACACCCCACCGUACAUCAACCAUCACAGCAACACCUCCAGUCACACCGCAGCCCACACCACCACCAGCAGCACCAACAACCUCAGCAUUAUGGUGUGAUCCCUAAUGGAAUGCCCUUGUACCAGCAUCAGCCCCAGCACCUGACCAUGUCAUCUCAGCAGCAACAACCACCACCACCACCACCACAGUCACCGACUCAACGCCAGUGUCAGUUGAGUCCUGCUGCUGACCAGAGUUUUGCCUCACCUCACGGCAGUCCGCAGCAUCACAGUUCAGGCACAGUGACCACUGGUAGCCCUCUACCUGAGGGGAUUUCAUCAACAGUGAUGUCGCCGCCAAAAGGCCUGCACGGUGAAUCACCCAAGAUCCAGAACAGGGAUGGCAAAAAGCCAUCUGUCAUCCAAGGGAACACCAAGGAGUCUGUCAGGGAGGAGGACACGAGCUACAAUGGCAGUGAAAAGGCGGUAAUUGCACAAAAACUACCCAAAACGGACGGCUCUUCAUCCAAACCUCCGGCAGCUUAUGUUGGUUCUCCAAGUGAUUUCAAACGGAACUCUGACCAGUCGGCAGCUCAGUCUCCAGAAAAGGUUUCUUCGAUCAAAGAUGCAGCCCUUAAUCCACCUCCUGGGUUUGCUUCAUCUCAGCUCUCAAAGUCUUCAUCCCCGGGACCGGUGUCGGUGUCGCUGACCAAAGGUUCUGUACCUCUGUCUGGAUCAGGAUCUCCUGCAUCUCCACCUGCUGUUUCAUCCACUCAGUCACAGAUGUCUCUGUCGUUCAACGUCUCCUCUCUUCAGUCUCCAUCCUCUCCUUCAAGGCGUUCCUCUCCAGGCCUCAGUCCUCUCCCUUCUGAAAUGGCUCCUGCUGGACCUAAGAUCCUGUCGGCAUGGCCUUCUUCCUCAACCUUACCAACAUCUCCUCCAAAGUUGUCUAUGCCUUUUUCUCUGAGUACAAGUGAACCAAGACCUGCCUCUUCUUCUCAUCCUCCACUUGUUUCUUCUUCAGAGUCUGUGAUCCGUCUGUCCCCUUUACCUCCUGUACCGUCUGGACCCAGUACAGCCGUCUCAGCAUCUGCUGCCAUCACGUCUCUACAGCAGAUGGUUCAAGGAGCUUACAUGUCCCACAAUUCCAUUUCUUCUAGCACCCAACAUAACAGGCCCCACCCCCCUAAAUUAAUAUCCACCAUUGCAUCUGUAGGUCCUAGCAAUCCAUCAGGUCAUCAUGGUCUGGUCCAGUCUUCUUCGUCUACGUCUGCAGCAGUGACUUCUUCACUUGAACACAAACCUUCAGCGCCCACGCUCAUGUCCCAUUUCCAAACACGCACUCCUCCGCCUCUCAAAAGUGGUCUUUCUCCUGCUGCACCAGCUCUGUUGUCAGAUGUGGGCUCGCCCUUAGCCUCAGCUCAUAAAAGCCCUAAGGUCCAACCUCUGCCUGCCCUACCUCUUCUGAACACUCAAGCCUCCAGGACUGCACUUCUGUCCACUCCUCAUGCCUUGAUGUCCUCGUCUCCAGGAAGGGGUCUGUCCUCACAGGUGGUUCAACAGUCUAGCUCUCAGCAGCAUCCGCCCAACACCAGUGCAUGUGUGAAGCUGCCUCCCGACCCAGAGGGCUACACCGCCAGUGAGGAGAGGAAAGUGUUGGCAAAUAACAGGAAUGAAAAAGAUGAAGAACAACACUGUCAUCCUCAGUCGAUAUCUAAGACACCUCAGGAGGUAGAACUGACUGAGAGCCGUAACUCUGACACGUUCUGUCACAGAUCCUUCUCUGAUCUUCCAGGAAAGCCUUUUCAAACCGCGGCCUCUUCUGAUCCAGCUGCCAGCAACAAACAGGAGGGUGAUGAAAAGCAGCACACACAGUCUAGUGCAGCUGUCAUCCGUGAGACUGAAGACUCCGGGGUGGAGCCAAGUACCACCAGAGAGCUCUCACAGUUCCACACUUCCAGGGCAGAACAUCCGACUGAACACGGGUUCACCACGUCUCCACCUGCCGCUCCCCAGCCUGAUAGUGGUCACAGGGCUCCUCAGGCCGAGGCCAGCUCGGUCCACGAUGACACAUCUGUCAUGGACGACGACAGCUCGUGGGUCAGUGACUCUUACAGGAGCUUUCAGUUGAGAAGCGAGACUUCUGAAUACUACAGCUCCUACUGUACGAAAGACGAAACAUCUACAGCGUUUGACACCACCAGGGACAGCCACCUGUUGACAGGAGACUCCAGAGAGGACACGCUGGACUCCACCAGGGAAGAGGAGAGCUCUGAAGAUGACCAGACAGGAGUCAGUCACCACGUUGAAGGAGAAUCAACGCUGAGCUGCUCCUUCAACAGCAGCGCUCAGAUGGAAGAACCUUCUGUGGACGCAAGUGACGGGUCCAAGUCACACAUUGGUCAUCCAGAACCAGGACCAGACUGGGAGACCAGGGUACCCGAGACCCCAGACGUAGCUGGACGGCUGCACAUCAAAGCCCCCGUCGACGAGUCGUCGCCUCUGCCCACGUUUAACAUGAGAGAAGAGAACUUCACCUUCAGCACUCCAGUGGACAGCCGAGGUCUGCCGCUAAUGCCCCCAGUAACUGAUCAGAACGCGUCUGCUGCAGAAGAACAGCAGGCCGCCGUGGGAAAGCCACGCAAACAGCGAACGCCCAAAACUCUGUGGAUAAAAACUCCAGUUCCUGAGGAGGCCCAGAGAAAACCUCGGGCACGAACCCCUAAAGCAGAGAAGGUCAGCAGCGAGGCGGAGAAGACCACAGGCACCAAGAGGAAGAGGAAGUCGUUCCGAGCGGACGCUGCAGGUAAAAGCUCCGAUGAACCAGGAGAGGCUGGCACUCAGACCACGCAGGUGGAUUCAAUCACAGCCACCAUUGAAGCCGUCCUGGCAAGUGCAUCUGCCCUCGCCCCGUCGUACCAGAAGAUCAAGAAGGCGAAAAGACUCAAGAAGGAGGAACAAGAUGGAAACGUGCCGAAAGACCAAAAGGCCGAGGACGCCGAGGAAAACGAUGACGGCUCCGGUGACACUAACAGGCGGAGAGUUGCUACAGAAGAGCAGGUCCAGUUUGCUUUGCUCCAUGGGUGGAAACGAGAGAUUCGAGUAAAGAAAAAAGAAAACCGCAUGAAAGGUGAGACCUGGUACUACACCCCGUGUGGCAGAAGGAUGAAGCAGUUCCCUGAAAUCCUGAAGUAUCUGAAGAAACACACCGACAGCGUGGUCACCAGGGAACAUUUCAGCUUCAGCCCACGGAUGCCCGUCGGAGACUUCUACGAGGAGAGAGAGACUGCUGAGGGCAUGAAGUGGUUCAUCCUGGCCAACGAGGAGAUUCCCUCCAUGAUCAUGGCCAUCACUGGCCGACGGGGCCGACCUCCGAACCCCGAUAAAGAGAAACCAAGAACAAUUCGAGGCGUGAGAGGAGCGGAGGGUCGGCGUCCUGGCAGACCCCCCAAAACCAAAAUGAUUGACCUCCUCACGAAGGUCGACGCCAAGCUGCUGCAGAGACUAGAGGCUAAAGAAGCUCUUACAGAAGAAGAGAAGGAAAAAAUGGCCAAAAUCAAAAAGAAAAUGAAGAAAAAGGCAAGAAUUAAGAGAAGAGAGGAGACAAAAAUGAAGAAGAUGAAGGAAGAAAAAAAGAGAGCCAAGAUUAAGCUUGAACACGAUACAAAGGGCCCGGAGGCCAAGGCCGACGGUACCACCCCAACAUCUCCACGGGGUGCACUGCCAGCGUCAGAACCCAAGAAGCCCGGCCGCAGGAGGUCAGUGAAGGUGGAGCCUCCUCCAGUUCAGCAGACAGACGAGGAGAGGAUCGCCCAGGGCAAGAGGGUCCUCGGGGCUCGGAGCAAAGCCAAGGCUCUGGCCAAAGCUCAGGCCGAGGCGGAGGCCGCAGCAGAGGCCGCAGCUCGCGCUGCUCUGUCUGCGAAGAGAGCCGCCGAGAGGAGAGCCCAGGCGCAGAAACGCAUGGAGGAACGGAAGAGGCAGCAGCUGAUUGCAGAGGAGCUGAAGAAGCCCACUGAGGACAUGUGCCUCACGGACCACAAACCACUGCCAGAGUUGUCUCGUAUCCCCGGGGUGGUUCUCUCCGGCACAGCCUUUUCACACUGCCUGGCUGUGGUGGAGUUUCUACAUGGCUACGGGAAACUGCUCGGUCUCAAUGUGCCCAAGGACAUCCCCAGUCUCUCGACCCUACAGGAAGGUCUCCUCGGUCUGGGUGACGGUCAGGGAGAAGUCCAAGACCUGCUCAUUAAGCUGGUGGAGGCUGCGCUGCACGACCCGGGCCUUCCAUCCUACUAUCAGUCUGUCAAGAUCCUCGGUGAAAAGCUGGUGGACUUGGAGCUGACCCGCAGCACAGUUUCUGAACCUCUUCGCAUCUUUUUGGAAUCUCAUGGUUAUGAGACGGAGGUGUGCAACACACUGAGGACCAAAACAUUUCAUUCCCUGCCUCCAGACACCAAGGCGGCCAUCUUGGGUUUCCUGGUCGACGAGCUGAACGGCAGCAACGCCGUGACGAGCGACGUUGAGAACACACCAGAAGACAUGGCAACCUUAAUGGCAACCUUCAGGAAGAACAAGUGGAUCAUUGAGGGGAAGUUGCGACGGAUAAAGGCUGCGCUAGCUCGCCGUACGGGACGCUCAGAGGAAGAGCUGUGCUUCGAGGAGCGGCGGCGCAGUGCUCGAGUGGCCGAGGAGGAAAACCUCAGUCUGGAGGAAGGCGGCUCAGAGAGAGGAAACCGGCGUGCACGCAAAGAAGAGCCGAAGCUCAGCGAUAUGGAGAGUCCUACCAACGCCAGCAUUCCAGAACUUGAACGACAAAUCGAUAAGCUAACGAAGCGCCAAGCAUUUUUCCGUAAGAAGCUGCAACAGUCUUCGCAGUCUAUGCGGGCAAUCUUGCUGGGCCAGGACCGGUAUCAGCGCAGAUACACGGCCUUUCCUCACCUCGGAGGAGUUCUGGUGGAGGGUCCUGAAGAGCUUUUGGGUUCAGAGGACGUCCUCAUAGCUGAAGUUCCAGUCACUUUCUUCAAGAAGGAGCCCAAAGUUGAAGACAUUCCCAUGACUACCUCUGCGUCUCCCCCUGCGUCUCCCUCUGCUCUGCCUUCUUCUCCCAUGUCCACGUCCGCCACUGAGAACCAGACUCUGUCUCCAGAGGUGGACCCCCUCCCAGGGACUGCAUCUCUCAUGAGCAGACCCCGAGGACGUGGUCGCCCCCGCAAAAUCAAACCAGAAGUGGAGCUCCAUCUACGGACGGCGAAGAGUCGCCGCAGGCGUCGAAGUAGUGUCAGAUCGGGCAGUGACGAGGGACCGGGGUCACCCAGCAUUUGCCCGCAAGACCUCACGCAAACUGCUUUCCAGAGCUGGCUCAACCAGACACAGGAGACGUUAGCCAACGGAACCUGCCCAGCAACGGAGGCGGCUCCUGAGGGGAACGGACCAGAGGAGAGUAAGAAGGAGCUGGCAGAGAAACAAGGACAGUGGUUCAAUGUGCUUCCCAAACAGCCCUGUGACGAUGUCUCCCUAACUGAGCUCCAGUCGCCCAGCUCACCGCCCAAACUUCAGCCCACAGAUCCUCCGUCUGCGCCUGCUCCUCCACCUCAACAGCAGGACCCCCCCUUGCCUGACUUGGCUCCAUCUGACCCUGUAAUUCCAGCUCCACCACCAGACAUUCCCCCUACAACCGUUGAUUCUGUAGUUCCUGUCACCACCUCCCCACAAUCACCACCUCCACCACCACUUCCUCCAGCUCUACCUCCUUCUCCUCCAGCUUUACCACCACCAUCUUCUCCACCACCACCACCUCCUCCACCUCCAUCUCUACCACUCCUUCAGCCUUUAGCAGCUCCUAUUCCUUCUGCUCCAGUUGCUCCUAACACCCCAACCAGACCAGGUCGCAGGAGGAGGCGGGGCAGCAGAGGCAACAGUCCUGCCCGUAGAGGACCACGAGGCGCUGCAGCCAAGCGCCGCGGCCGCCCUCCUGGUGCUGUGUUCCAGGAGCUGGAGCAACAGUAUUUCACACAGCUGGUGGUGAAACCCAUUCCUUCCUCGAUGGUGCGUGGCUGGUGGUGGAUCAAGGACCCAGAGGAGCUGUACCACACCUUACAGGCCUUACAUCCCAGAGGCGUCAGGGAGAGGGUGCUCCACAAGCAUUUGGCCAAACACAUGGAGAGCUUGACAGAGAUCUGCAGCAAACCCAUCGACGAUCCAAUAUUUGACAUGAAGGUGGAGCAGAAGGACACGUUGAUGGAGGCUCUGCAGCAGCCGUGGCUGGUUCAGGAGAAGGCCAUGGAGACCGACGUCUGCGCCCUGCAGUGGGUGGAGGACCUGGAGCAGCGAGUCGUUGGAGCUGACCUCCAACUAAAGGCACCUCCUCAGACUACCACCAGUGAAGCUGACGCUAACAUAGAGGCAGCAAUUGCAGAAUUUCAGCCUUAUACAAUCCCUGAUCCGGACUCUUCGCGGGACGAUCUCCAGUACUACGAACACGAUGCCGACCCUCGCGACGAUUGGAUUUUGAGGACCAAGAAGGAGUGGUCCGGUCUGCCCCGCAUCGCCACACAUCCUGUGGACCUGGCCGUGCUGCGACUCGCCAACCUUGAACGAAACAUCGAGAGGCGCUACCUGAAGGAGCCGCUGUGGAACCCAGCGGAGGUGAUGCGCCUCGCCCCUCUCACCCCUACACCAGGAGAUGAGCAGCCCCUGGAUGCCCUGAGUUUGGAAAGUGAAAUCACCUCCAGACUACGGACCUGGCGUCAGGCUCUGGAUCGCUGUCGCAGCGCUCCACAGCUCUGUCUGUGUCUGCUGCAGCUGGAGAAGGCCAUCGCCUGGGAGAGAUCAGUGACCAAAGUGACUUGUCAGAUUUGCAGGAAGGGCGACAACGACGACUGCCUGUUGCUCUGCGACGGCUGUGAUCGUGGCUGCCACAUGUACUGUCUGAGGCCCAAACUCACUCAGGUUCCAGAGGGAGACUGGUUUUGUGCGACGUGUGUGGCCAGGGAGGAGGGGCAGUUUGAACGACUCUCCAAAACCAGGACCAGGAUAAAGAAGAGGAAAAAAUACGAUGAAAGCAGUUCUGAAGAAGAACCAACAACGCGGCGUAGUUCCGGCAUGUCGACGCGAAACAAGGAUGUGGCCGCCCCGUCCUCGUCUUCAUCCCUCAGACCUCCUGCGGAAAGUAGCGCAUCGAAACGCCGCCGCAUGACAACACGCAACCUGCCGGACCUCACCUUCUGCGAAAUCAUCCUCAUGGAGAUGGAGGCUCACGCUGACGCCUGGCCCUUCCUCGAGCCCGUGAACCCACGACUCGUUCCAGGCUACCGCCGCAUCAUCAAGACGCCCAUGGACUUCUUCACCAUGAGAGAGAGACUUCUCCAGGGAGGGUAUUCCAGCUGCGACGAGUUCGCGGCCGACGCCCAGUUGGUCUUCAACAACUGUGAGCUGUUCAACGAGGACACGUCGGAGGUGGGGAUGGCCGGACACUCCAUGAGGCGUUUCUUCGAGAGCCGCUGGGCGGAGUUCUACUCUAAAAAGGACAAGUAGGAGCCUGUUGGUGGCGCUGUAGACUGUUGGUGCUCCCAGCAUCCCACAUUCCACAACACACACACACACACACACACACUGUUACUGAAGAGACUCUCUACACGACCACUUCUUCAGGCCAGUGUGUACUCUCUGUGUACUCCCGUGUACAGCUAUAUACUGUAUGUAUAGAUCUUUGUUAUUGUUUUUCUCUACGGGCCAAUCAGCUUUCAGGUCCACCACUGAACCGGCUUUAACUCGUUCCCAUUCCCUGUAACAGAGCUCGACAACAUACCUCUCUAAACCCCCCCGC